AUGGAGACCAGCUCGCGUUCAGUAAAGCCAUCAGGAGAAGACUCCUUCUUCGCAGGAACGCUUGGCACUGAUCGCACAAUAACAACGCUUCUUACGUUUCGUCCGAAGAAUGAGGAAGCAGGCGACAUCGCAUACGGAGAGAUUAAAACCAUUGUUGAGCUAGGCGAUGGGCUACAAGGCUACCCACGGAUCGCACACGGCGGCUUCCAGGCAACGUUGCUUGACGAGAUGUCCGGCGUCUUGAUCGGGACGGUCAUGGAGAAAAAGGCGCAAAGGGCAAAUCUGAACACUACCUAUAAGAAGCCGGCACCAACCCUGCAGACGCUUCUCUGCACAGCCAAGAUCGAACGAAUAGAAGACGGCGGUCGCAAACUAUACGCUCGCGCGACUCUCGAAGACGGCAACGGUACGAUAUACACCAUCGCCGACGGCAUGUUCGUCAGACUUUCGACCAAGCUAUGA